CAGACUUCCGGCAGAGACGCGCUGAGUUGGGCUGAAAUCUUUUAUAUCUGAGAGAAGGGAGUGUCGGAGCGGGACUAAAGGGUUUUCUGAGGUGUAAACUGGAACAGGAACAAGGCAGAUUGCAGAAGUGACGGCGGUGACACAGACGAAUAGAACCUGCGCAGUUUGGUCACAUCAGGACACCAGGAUGGGGACGAACGAGCGGGACGGCGCGCUGAGUUUCUUGAAGAGUUUUGUGGAGGAGUUUGCGAACCCGCUGGGUCAAGACGAGCCGCUUCCUCUCGCUCCGCUCAGCCGCACUGUGACCCUGGACGAGGUGAAAGGUGAAAGCCUGGAUCUGGGGCUUCGGCUGCUGUCUGCCAGGAACGCACCUGGCUGGUUAAGUGCGUCAAUGUGCCAUGCUGCGGUUACCGAGCUUUUGAAAGAUGACCUUUCACCUUUCCACUGUCCUAAAGACCCUGAUCAGACGCAGGAGGGUGAAGAAGAAGUAGUUUUGCUCCAGUCUGAGCCUGUUCAGCAUCUGUUUAUCAACAAACUGAGAGAAGUAGGUGUGGCCUGGGAGAAAGAGAUGCCCAAUCUGACGCCUCGGUCCUCGCGGUCCCGCCUCUGCUCUGUCCACGCCAUUCGGAACACGCGCAGGAAGAUGGAGGAUCGUCACGUGUUACUGCCUGAGUUUAACCAGCUUUUUGGGUUACAGGACGGCGUGGAGCGCGAGUACUAUGCUGUGUUUGAUGGUCACGGAGGAGUUGACGCUGCCACCUACGCUUCAGCUCACCUGCACGUCGUCCUCAGCCAACAAGAGGCGCUGAAAAGUGACACCGGCACGGCCUUCAAAAACUCCUUCAUACAGACGGACGACAUGUUCAGGAUCAAGGCCAGGAGAGAGCGCAUGCGCAGUGGCAGUACGGGCGUGGCCGUGUUCCUGGCCGCUGACUGGCUGACGGUAUCCUGGCUGGGCGACUCGCAGGCCAUGCUGGUGAAGAAGGGCGAGCCCGUUGUCCUCAUGGACCCUCAUAAACCCGAAAGAGAGGAUGAGAAGAAGAGAAUAGAGGAUCUGGGUGGCUGCAUUGCAUUCAUGGGCUGCUGGCGUGUUAACGGGACAUAUGCAGUUUCCCGGGCGAUAGGUGAUUUCGAUCAGAAGCCGUACGUGUCCAAUGCUGCAGACUGUUCCUCGGUUCAGCUGAGUGGAGACGAGGACUACGUCCUGCUGGCCUGCGAUGGCUUCUUCGACGUUUUGCGGCCAGUCGACGUCCCCGGUCUGGUCCUGGAGGCCCUGCGUGAGUCUGGUGGCUCGGGGAAGGAUGUCGCCCAUAGCUUGGUGGCUCAGGCCAAAGCCGCGGGCUCCAGCGAUAACAUCACAGUUCUGCUAGUGUUCCUGCGCGAGCCGCGGGACAUUCUACUCUCAGAAACAGUGUCAAGCCAAGUGUGAGAGAGCACACACACACAAACACACACGGAGGAAGGAGCGACAGAGCAGACCACUAGAGGGCUGAUGAUCUCUAUGCCAUCUCACUGUAUCUGAUGUGGAAGAAUUACCUUUGUCAUACUUUUAUGAGUGAAGUGAUACCAGUGUGGUUCCUAAUAGCAGAGAAACAGUGUUUUGUAAUGUUAAAGAGUGAUGCCUUUUAUUUUUACAUCGUUACCAGCCGCCUUUUCUAUUAUUUUACACGCAUAAACCUGUCAGAUUAUCACUAUUUUUGAAUCUCGGGCAAGACCGAAUGCAGUCUUAUUUCCUGGUAAAGUUAUCUUUGCCUUGACGAUUUUCCAGGUGCUUCUUUUUCACAAAAGGCUAUUAAAGUGUUUUUUUAUUUU